AUGAAGUUCGCCAGCAUGACGCGCUUUGGAGCUACGGUCCUCUUUUCAGUCGCGCUUGCUCGUCGAGGGCGGUUUAACCAAACUGGAAGGGAAAUCGGGGUGGUUGAACCACAUAUGGAUGAGUUUGUGGUGGAUCCUGUUGCUGAGUCGCCCCAGCCUGUGAAACAGGGACUUUGGAGCAGGUUCAUGAGCUAUUUCGAAGGCACCUACGAGCCGGAUCCCGUGAUUAGCUUCUCGGGGAAACCCUACGACUAUACAGGCUUCUUUCGCAAGUCCUGGACGGCUCUUCCCACAUCCAUGUUUCAUGGUGAUCUCCACAUCUCAGGGCCGCUCUACGGCAUCAUCAAGCUUUUGGAAUCAAGAGAGCUGCCCAUUUCUUGUCCCACCCUCUGGGCAGACAAUGGCUUCCAUGUUCUCCUCUCCGUCACUCAGCCAGCGGAACAGAUUUCCUCAGCCCUUUCCAAUGCUGCGAUGAAAAUGGUAACGUUUGGUCAGCUGCCAUCGCUCUUAUCACAAGUUCUGAGACACAACGCUGAACCUGCUAAACAUGCACUGGAGUCCGUACAGGGUAAUGUCACACUGGAGCAGGCCGAUGCUCUUAACCUGGUGGAACAAGAGGCAUUCGAAGAGCAAGGUGCCAAUGCCACGAGGACUAAGUUCCAGAGGAUUCUGCACACGUUCCACCAGUCAAAGUUGUUGGUCCAGAGAGUGAUGGUCGAGAAGCGAGUCGUGACACUGAGCCUUGGGCCAAAAAUCCCCGACUUGUAUUACAACUUGGAGAUGAGUUGUACAAGAGUCUCGGAGAACGGCAGGGCUUUGGUUCACUUCUCGAAUUCCAGGGGGGAAAAGGUGCCGGUGACAACGCUGCACUUGGCGGUCUACAUCCUUGCUGUGGCAUGA